AUGUUCUUAGCUGGAGGCUUCUCCCGUAUAGGGCUCGAUGUAAAUACCGGCAAAGAAGGAUGGGGCAUUGCUGCUACGGCGAUGGUGUAUCUAUACACCUUUAUAUUCGGCGCUACUUGGCUCACGGUUCCGUGGCUAUAUCCCGCGGAGAUUUUUCCUCUCAUGGUUCGCGCAAAGGGAAACGCAUGGGGCGUAGUAGGCUGGAGUUUAGGGAACGGGUCAUUGACACUUGCUCUGCCAUAUGUCUUCGACGCGCUUGGUGAGAAGACAAUGCAUAUUUUUGGAGCAGUGAAUAUUAUCAGUAUUCCUAUUGUGUGGGCUCUCUACCCAGAGUCUAACCAACGGACAUUAGAGGAAAUCGAUCUUCUGUUUGUAGCCGGUUCUCCGUGGGCCUGGACUGCCGAAUCGAAUUUCCAACCCCUCAAGAUGGCCAAUGCACAGUUUGGGCUGGCGAAGGAUGCUGGGCCAGAGUAUGAUGCUGAGAAGGCGCUGGAUACGGGCGACCAGCCGAAGUCUGUCGAGAGUAAGAACCAAGGAUAG